UCGGAGCGGCGGCGCCGGACACAAGUUGCGCGGCUCAGGGCGAGGAGGUGAGAGGUUCAGGAGUUGACAUACAGGAUGCGGGCUGUAUUUCUCUCCCUUGGAAAAGGAGAGGUAACUGAAGACAGAAAACAGGCCUAAAAUUAAACCCCAGAAGGAAGACGAGAUUUGCCUACAUUUGUCUCUGAACUCUGGCAUCAUAAAACUUCACGAGGGUGACUCAGAGGAGGCUGAUCACUGUGAACCCCCGAGGAGAAGGAAUCUCCGCCCCUCCCCUGCCCCGCCGGUACACCGCACUGUGUGAAGACAGCCAUCGUUGACGUUCUUAGGAAAGAGGUGAACAGGCAGGUCCCAGCAGACACUUGGCGGUUCCUAUGAUCGGGUGCUGGGGAGCCCACUGGUUCAGAGGUCUACACAUGAAGUCGCCCUAAAGAGGGUGGUGGCUGCUGCUUCGUAAAGACCUCAUCCCCGCGAGGUGAGGCUAAGAUGAGCAUUACCAGUGACGAGGUGAACUUCCUGGUGUACCGAUAUCUCCAGGAGUCAGGUUUUUCCCACUCGGCGUUCACAUUCGGUAUCGAGAGCCAUAUCAGCCAGUCCAACAUCAAUGGGACGCUAGUGCCGCCCGCCGCCCUCAUCUCCAUCCUGCAGAAGGGCCUGCAGUAUGUGGAGGCCGAAAUCAGCAUCAACGAGGACGGCACGGUGUUUGAUGGCCGCCCCAUCGAGUCCCUGUCCCUGAUCGACGCGGUGAUGCCAGACGUGGUGCAGACGCGGCAGCAGGCGUUCCGGGAGAAGCUGGCCCAGCAGCAGGCGGCCGCGGCCGCAGCAGCCGCAGCGGCAGCAGCCGCAGCGGCAGCAGCGGCCACGACGGCAGCCCCCGCGGCCGUUUCCCAGCAGAACCCACCAAAGAACGGCGAGGCCACGGUCAAUGGGGAGGAGAACGGAGCACACGCCAUCAAUAAUCAUUCAAAACCAAUGGAAAUCGACGGAGAUGUGGAGAUCCCGCCCAGCAAAGCCACCGUCCUUCGGGGCCACGAGUCCGAGGUGUUCAUUUGUGCCUGGAACCCUGUCAGUGACCUCUUGGCUUCGGGGUCCGGAGACUCGACCGCCAGGAUAUGGAACCUGAAUGAAAACAGCAACGGGGGCUCCACGCAGCUGGUGCUGAGGCACUGUAUCCGGGAGGGGGGCCACGACGUCCCCAGUAACAAAGACGUCACCUCGCUGGACUGGAACAGUGACGGGACACUGUUGGCUACGGGUUCCUAUGAUGGUUUUGCAAGAAUAUGGACAGAGGAUGGUAACCUGGCCAGCACCUUAGGCCAACAUAAAGGCCCAAUCUUCGCCUUGAAGUGGAACAAGAAGGGCAAUUACAUUUUGAGUGCUGGAGUAGACAAAACAACAAUAAUCUGGGAUGCUCACACAGGAGAAGCCAAACAACAGUUUCCGUUUCAUUCUGCCCCUGCUCUCGACGUGGACUGGCAGAACAACACUACCUUUGCCUCCUGCAGCACGGACAUGUGUAUUCACGUCUGCAGACUCGGCUGCGACCGCCCCGUCAAAACGUUCCAGGGACACACGAAUGAGGUCAAUGCCAUCAAAUGGGAUCCCUCUGGCAUGUUGCUAGCCUCCUGCUCUGAUGACAUGACAUUGAAGAUCUGGAGUAUGAAGCAGGACACGUGUGUCCACGAUCUUCAGGCGCACAGCAAAGAGAUAUACACCAUCAAGUGGAGUCCCACCGGGCCGGCCACCAGCAACCCCAACUCCAGCAUCAUGUUGGCGAGCGCCUCAUUCGAUUCUACCGUCCGACUCUGGGACGUCGAGCGGGGCGUGUGCAUCCACACACUCACCAAGCACCAGGAACCCGUGUACAGCGUGGCCUUCAGCCCCGACGGGAAGUACUUGGCCAGCGGCUCCUUCGACAAGUGUGUGCACAUCUGGAACACUCAGAGCGGAAGUCUCGUCCACAGCUACCGAGGCACCGGGGGCAUCUUUGAGGUGUGCUGGAAUGCCCGGGGUGACAAAGUGGGCGCCAGUGCGUCAGACGGCUCCGUGUGCGUGUUAGAUCUGCGAAAGUAAACACACACAGAAAAAGUAUUAUAGGCAUGAGAAGAGAAUUCUAGCGGACCAGCAGUGGAUGUGUGGGGUCAUAGCACUAUUCAGACACAAUUCCGUCAGCUCCAAAACAGCACCAGCCUGACCUUAGGGAGUGUCCUUUGAGACCACGUCAUCCCUGGCCAUAGGAGUCUCUAUUUUUUCUUUUUCCUUUUUCAUAACCGUCACUGAGAAGUUUAAAAUGGAAAACACACACGCAAGUCCUAUCAAAGGGGGGGAAAAGGAAUGGUUUCCACCCGGAACGUCCAGCCCCAGGGGAGCGCGAAGCCGCCAGCUUGACUUGGCGCAUGGAUUGGUUUCCAUCCAGAACAGGCUCCGAUGAUUGAGAGGAAUGAAAAAACGGGAAAGCCUGUGCCAAAACGAAGAGAAGAAAAAAUGCUGUGAUAAACCAAAAGGGGAGGAAAAACUCCUCCCGUCAAUGGGUUGGGCUCCCCCCCCAAAAAAAUUUGGACACUACAGUUAAAACUCUCACAAGGACGUUCGAAAGACCAGUUUGUAUGGAUGAAAUGGGUACCUUUGUAAUCCCAACAGUUUCUAUUUUCUAGAACCUUUGUCCCCGUGGUUUUUCUGUGGGCUGGAAUCCUGUCGUCUUGGUGGGUGGGGUGGAAGGGUGGGGGAGGCGGGCCAGGCCUUGGGUCCAAGGUGGAAACUGUUACUGGGUGUCUUGCUUCUUUGCUGUUGUUCCACCCACCAGAGAGACAGCCCCUCUCUCGGAUGUGGUGAGUCUCUGAUGACAGCUUUCUGCCUGCAUCUUCCACCUCCCCUUCUCCCUCCCCCAUCCCCCUCCCCCUCCCUCAUAGUCGCCUCCCAUUUUCCAGUCUCAAGGGCACUUUCCUUGCAUAGUAAGUGCUUUAUGUAAGAAGGCAGGGCAAGGGGGACUUUUUACAGGAGGGGGAAGAAGAAAAAAAAGUGACUUAUAAGAGAAAGAGCCCAGAGUAUUUUUGGAGAAGAAAAAAAGAUAUUUUUUAUGUUAAAACAAUUUUAAAAUCGUAAAAUGGCCGUUCAGACACGAGAGCUUUGUGUGAUUCAUAUUUAACAACAAGAAAAAAAGAAACCUUUAGGAAGAGACGGUAGAGGGGUCCCUUCACUUUGAGCUUGGUGGAAGGCAGUGAGGGGACUCUGGGUGGAGAGCUCUGGGGUCAGCUUUGGGGCUGGUCUAUGCGGCUGGAGAGGAAGACCCCAACCCCUUUUCUGCUCCAGGAAGACCUGGGCGUUUCUUUUUUCCGGUUGCAUCGGACCGAAACAGUGGACAAGAGAGUGCCCUCAAACCCAAGAAGCGUUCCCAGAACCAGCAUCACUGAAAGGGGGCCGUCGGAACCACCCCACUCCACAACACCAAUGCCACCUCGUUUAAGACUAGGGGCCACCUGUGGGGGGACUCCCCCCUCCAAACCAGGAGCAGCUCGGCCAAGUCCCUCCAGGGCUGACCAACUGGAGGGGCCUCCGGGAUCUCACUGGGUCUCACAGUGACACAAGUGAUCGGGGAGAGGUUUUCAGUCCUGAGGGUGAAUUAACAGAGGUAGGGCGUCAGUUCACAGGCCAUCUUCACAAUUUGCUUCCUCUGGCAGUAGGUCAGGAGAAAUUGUCCUUUUUUUUUUAAGCAAUGAAUCUUUUUACUGUUUUUAAAAAAAAAAAAAAAAAAAUACUAAAACAUGGCUUUGUGUGUCCCUAGGGGAGUUUUCCUUUCCCUUGGAUCAAGUGAUCUUUGUACUUUUAAUGUCAUGACCCCAUGCCCACCCAGCUUGUAAAUUAGCAGCAGGGCCUCUGGGCUUAUCCAUCUUCCACCCGGGGUGGGGCUGGCAGUGGGUAGGUUGCAGCCCUUUUGUGUUCCAGCAACCGGCCUGGAUGGUAUUCGGAGAUUGGUGGUAUCUGUCCAUGCACCAAAAGCCAACGGUAAGGCAUGGCUAGGCCUUUGUGCAGAAGCUGGAUUGUCCCAGGAGCAGCCCCAAAGCCAGAGUGCAUUCAUCUCUCUCAGCUCAUUAUCUCCGUGGAUCUGAGAGUUUUUCAAACCCCUCUGAUAGCAGAAGACCAAAAGGCACUCUGCACAGGUUGGGUGUGUUCUUCAGGCUCUGCUAUAUCUAAACGUUUAACCUUUAAGAAGGUCAGUGUUCUAUUGGAGUCUCCACUCCCACCUUUGAAGAUAGCAGACGCCCUCGGGGGUCCACGGAUAAUCACUGCUCCCCCCACUCCCCAAAAUGAUUUAAGUUUGAGAUGCAAUUUGCAGAGGUCUAGUUGAACACCAUCUGGGCCCCUCCCGGAGUGAAAACCUGUCGCUGUCCACACAGCAUCAGCUGUCUGGGUUCCAGACGCGGUUUACGUUUGAUGAGCCAAAUGCUGCUGGAGGGUGGUGAAGGUGGGAUUUGGUAUGAAAGGCUCACGAGAGGAUCGUCACGGGGCGGUCGGUAUGCAGGGUCUCCCAGGUAUUGAUGGGGGCCUCCUGGUAAACCUGUACCAGGCUGGAAGUUGCCAGGUUGGAGCCACGGGGGCUGUAAGGCCAAGGACUGGAUACUGGGCCUGGCGACGACCUGACGCUGCUGAGGAAGGCAGAACUGCCCAUGUACCAGCGGGAAGAAGCCCCCGGGGUGGGGACCGCGAAGAGGAGGCAGCCGGCGCCCCUGGAAACCAUGCCUGCCCUGAGUCACGCCCGCUACACCCUCUGCCAGUGCGCGGUGGGUGCAUCGCUCCGUCCGUGCAAGCGGGUCUUAGACGUCGUGUAGAGCGCUUCGCAGUCCUCAGUGCGCAGAUGGGACCUUGGUGCUGAAAGCAGAGAGUAACGCGCAGAAAAAACUCCGGAAUCGUCCUCCGUGCGCGUGCGCACGCACACCUGGGGAAGCGCGUCCGAUCCCACUCGACGGCUACAGAACCGCGAUGUUCAUUCACUUAGUCUUUCUGAAAAGACAUCUCGGAGCCAAGUGAAGUGCACUUUGUCGGGAGUAAGGGUCUACUUUGUUCCGUGUUUUGUUUUUGUUUUUUUCUUUUUUUUCUUUGUUUUUUUUUAACCUUUCAGCCCACUUUUUUGUUUUGUUUUGUUUUUCCGAUCGUGUUUCCCAUCCAAUGCAGAGUGUUUCCCUCCCGCCGCUCCCUGAGGUUUGUGAAUGUCUGGCUUCUGCGGUUUUUAUUGUCUGUGUCAGACGUACAGCCAGAUGUCCUUCUGUCCACAUCUUCCAGCUUCUGUUCCAUCCACACGGGCCCCCUCCCCCCAACCCCGUUUCGUUCUCUCCACCUAUCCCCCACCGCAACCUCCACCCUCACGUGCUCCCAGAAAGAGAAUCACCGUGUGUGUGUGCGUGUGUGUGCGUGUGUGAGAGAGAGAGAGAUGGCUCAUUUGUUCCAAGAAAGA